CCUCGGUCGCCCCCUCCCACUUGUGGGACAAAGGGCGGGGGCGCAUCCCCACGCGUGACCUCCCCCGCACUGCGCACGCGCCCAGCUCCCACAUCGGGGAGGGGCUUUACUCGCCCACGCGAGUGCGGGAGGAAUGGGCGGCUUGGGACAGGGGAACGCUUGCUGGAUGGACCCCCACCUCAAAAAUGGAAGUUAAGGGUGGCUGUUUCUACAUUUAUGGCUUUGGGUCCGGAGAUGGUCCAUGAUGAAGGGCUUUCUUAUUCAGGCCAAAGUGUCCCUGUGGUGUUGACCCCACUAGGAACCAAAGAAUUUAAGGGCUGAGCUCCUUCACAACCAAGGGUCCUCUCGCUGAGCUUCCUUGCUCUGGUGCCCCCGAGGGCUCAGCUGCUGGGUCUACAGGAAGCCUCGAUAUGAAUGACAGAAACAACCGUAGGCGGACAAUGAAGGACGAAGAGACCUUUGAGAUCUCCAUUCCCUUUGGAGAGGCACCCCACCUAGACUCACAAAUCUUCUACAGUCUGAGUCCCUCUCGGAGAAAUUUUGAGGAGCCUCCAGAGGCCCUGAUGAACAGUGUUAAGGCCCAGCUGCACAUGGCACUUGAGAGGAACUCGUGGCUGCAGAAACGCAUUGAGGACCUGGAGGAGGAGAGAGACUUUUUGCGGUGUCAGCUGGACAAGUUCAUUUCCUCUGCCCGGAUUGAUGCAGAAGACCACUGCCGGAUGAAGCCUGGACCUCGGAGGGUUGAUGGGGACAGCCGGGCUGGGGUUGGGGGAGAAGCCUCAGACCCUGAGUCGGCAGCCUCUUCCUUCAGUGGGGUGUCGGAAGAGGGAAGUGCCAGUGAAAGGAAGAGGCAGAAGCCGAAGGGAAGUACUGGCAGGAGGCGAUUUGGGAAGCCCAAGGCUCGAGAGAGGCAGCGGGUGAAGGAUGCUGAUGGGGUCCUCUGCCGCUACAAGAAGAUCCUGGGCACCUUCCAGAAGCUGAAGAGCAUGUCCAGAGCCUUCGAGCACCACCGUGUGGACAGGAACACCGUGGCGCUGACCACGCCCAUCGCAGAGCUACUCAUUGUGGCUCCCGAAAAGCUGGCAGAGGUGGGAGAGUUCGACCCAUCCAAGGAGCGCCUGCUAGAGUAUUCCCGCCGCUGCUUCCUGGCACUGGAUGACGAGACUCUCAAGAAGGUGCAGGCUCUCAAGAAGAGCAAACUGCUCCUGCCCAUCACCUACCGCUUCAAGCGGUGAUGCUGCCGCCCCGCACACCUCCCCGUCCAGCAGACUGCUGGCCAAGCUGGGCUUCCUGGGGCACCGCCAGGGCUAGAAGCUGCUCUUCCUGAGUACUGGGCCCUGUCUCUCGGUCGCAAACGCUCCGCACCCCAUCUUCAUUUCACUUCGCAAGGGCUGCCAGCUCGGCCCCCCUAGCCAGGAGUAGCCCAUCUGCAUCUCACGCGAAGACAGAGCAUUGUUCUGAGAGUUUAAAUUAAAGAGACUUGAA